ACACACGCGCGCGCACACACGAGGCGGAGUUUAGCGACGGUCCACAUCGGUGCCUCAGUUCAGUUCAGGGUCUGCUGCAUUGCUUCCCUCACGCUCAUUCUCACCAUUUGAGGGAUUUGCUCAACUGUUGUGUUUGACGUUACUGAAGCGUGAAGAAGUGAAAACAGGCCUGUUAAUAUGUAACUACAGUUCGCUAACAUUAGUGUUUCCACCGGGAGAAGAAAGAUGGACUCUGCUGUGAAAAACACCCAGAAGAAGUUGUGGCUCCGCGGUCUGCUUUGGUGGUCGCUCCUGCUCGAGCUGGCGUCGGGAGCUUCCUUCUAUGGCGAUGGCUUUGUACAGCUCAAGGCAACAGAGUCGUCCAACCAUAACACACUCCGCGUUCGCUUCCGAACCUCCAGCACCAAUGGCCUGCUGUUUCUCGCCGCUGGCCAGACUGACUACUUCCUACUAGAGCUCAGUGCUGGUCGCCUGCAGCUGAAACUGGACCUUGGAUUGGGGGAGCAAGUGUUAGAAUCAGAGAGAGGUACCCAGCUCAAUGACCAGGCCUGGCACUCCGUGGAGGUCCGCCAUGUGCAGCACAACGUUACUCUGACUGUAGACAAGAACUCUCACACGAGUGUAAAGAUGCCAGGCUCCCAUCACGAUCUUCACAUUUUGGAUGGUCUCUAUGUUGGAGGCUCAGGAGGCCUGGACAGAUUUUACCUCCCCAGAGAUCUGAUCAGCUUCCGAGGCUGCAUGGACGAGUUGGUCUUCAACGAACAUGACUUGCUGUCAUCACUGAGGCCGUAUACUGGAUUCAAGAAUGUCCAUGAGGUGUCUUUAGGCUGUAGUCCCCAAUUCUUUGCCACAGAGGAGGAUCCUAUCAGCUUCUUUAGCUCCAGGGCUUACAUUUCUCUUCCAACCUGGAACGCCCAGCUGGAAGCGGUAUUCGAGUGUGUUGUGCAUACUUCAGCCAAAGAGGGAAUUAUCCUGUACAAUUCAGCCAGAGAAGGGGACUUUGUGGCUGUGGAGAUUCAGGAAGGUUUGCCAGUGGCCAUUAUUGGAAAAGGUGGAACCAAAACUGAGCUUCGUUCCCUCACAUUCAUCAAUGACAGGAAAUGGCACUCUAUAAAGUUGCAUUUCAGUUCCAAAAGCCUUGAGCUAACUGUUGAUGGAGAGAUGGUGAAAAGCAGCAUUAGCUCUCGUUCAAAGGGGCUUCAGCUUAAAGGUUAUCUCUUUGUUGGAGGUAUCGAUGACAGCACCAGAUCAGAAGUCAGAAAGGUGGGGCUUGUCUCUGUGUCUGGAAAGCGUGUCAGAGGAGGUUCCUUUAAAGGAUGUUUGAAGAACAUUGAAGUCAACAGAGUGAAGAUGGGUCUCUCCAAUGCUGUAGUCACCAAGGAUAUCUCAGUUGGUUGUGAGCCAGAGAAAGAACCAGAACCAUCAACCACUGUGAGUCCAACAAGUGCUCCGGGAUCCUUCUUUCACUUGGUGACACCAACACCGUCACUUCACAUGACCACCCUAGCAAGGGGCUUGGACAGAAGGUAUGGCUCAAAUUUUGUGCAGCUCAAAAACCUCGAGGUCCAGGAAGGCGGUCGAGCGUCUCUUGAGGCCAAACACAUCAAAGUACAGUUGGACUUCAAGAAGCUUGGCAUUCGACAGUCUCAGAUCAUGUUCCGAAUUCAGGAGCAACCGAUUCGUGGUCAGAUAAGGCUUGAUGUCGAUCAGGACCAAGAGGAGAACACCUUCAGCAUGUUGGACCUUUGGCAUGGACGAGUGAUGUAUAUCCAUGGAGGCUCUGAGGAACCGGACGACUUCUUCAUGUUUUCAAUGUAUUCUAGCAGUAGAAAGCAAGUUCCUGAUUAUCUGAAGGGCAACAAAUUGUACCGCUACAAUAUUACUGUGACACCCACUAACGAUGCACCUGAAUUGAGUCUUCCUGAAGGAAAUCUCUUUGUCCUGUUGGAGAACUCAAAGAAACGCGUCACUACGGAUGUUCUGAAGGCUACAGACAUUGACAGCAGCUACACCGAUCUUGUCUUCUCUGUGCUUGGGAACCUGAACACUGAUGCAGGAUAUUUGGAAAUACAAAACAACCCUGGCAAGGCAGUGACCUCAUUCUCAUAUUUAGACUUGCAGGAACUGAGGGUGUACUAUGUUCACACAGGGGUCCGGAACUCAAGGAUAGUUCUUAGAGUUAGUGAUGGGGAAAAGGUCAGCAACACUGUGGUUCUAAGGGUCAUGGCUGUAGCGCUGGAGUAUAAGAUUGCCAACAACACAGGCCUUGAGAUCAUUCAAGGAGAGACUGCUAUAAUUGGUUCAAAGCAGCUGGCUGUGCAAACCAAUGCUGUGAGACAAGUUGUAGACAUCCGGUAUGAUAUCAUUGAGCCCCCUCAGUAUGGAGAACUCCAGAGACUUCACUCAAGCGGUGAAUGGAGGCCUACUGAUUCAUUUUCCCAAAGACUUCUAGAAAAAGAGCGCCUGAGGUAUAUUAGCACUUUUCAAGAUAUCCAGACAUCCAAUGCCACUGAUUACUUUAAGAGCAAAGUUAAUGUGGCUGCAAGGGCAACCACUGAAAUACUCUUCCCAAUCACUGUGAAGUGGGUGAAUUACCACCUGGUGAGGAAUGUUAUGAUAGACAUGGAUACAGUUAGAAAAGUGACACUGGACUCGGAGCAUCUUUUUGCCACAGCUAAAGGUGUGGCCCUCUCAGAGGACGAUCUUUAUUUUCGGGUUCUCACCACACCAAAGAAAGGGAAACUCUUGCUCGAAGCCACAGUCUUGAAGAGGAACUCAACCUUUAGCCAAAAAGAUGUAACAGAUCUAAAAGUACAUUACGAGCUAGUUGACAGGCCUUAUGAAGAUACAAGUGACAGGUUCAAAUUUCAGCUGGUUUCCAAACAUGCUCAGUCACAAAACUAUGAUUUCCAGUUUUCCAUUAAAGCUGAUGUCAACAAUGUGUUUAUGAGAAAUGAUGGACUCUCACUUCUGGAGGGAGAAAGUAAACUUAUCACAAAAGAUCAUCUUUUUGCAGAGACUUUGAGUACAAAGGAUAUGUACUACACAGUCAUAAGCAGCCCCAAACAUGGAAAGCUAGCCCGUAUUAGUCAGUCAAAUUCCAAUGCUAGCUACAACAACAUCUUAACCUUUAGUAAUCAGGAUAUAUUAGAGGAACGGAUAAUGUACAUACAUGAUGACAGUGAAACAACUCAAGAUGAAUUCACUUUUAUAGCUUCCACCAGCCAAGGGUUCAAAUCUUCCAUUGCUGAAGAUGAAAUUGGCUCCAAAGAAGGAGUGCUCAACAUAUCUAUUCAGCUAUUGAAUGACCAAAAGCCAGUACGUGUUAUUGAUAAAGUUUUCCAUGUAGUAAGGGAUGGACAGAAGUUACUCACUAUAGAGGAUUUGCGUUAUCAUGAUGCAGACACUGAUUUUGAUGAUGGCCAGCUGAUUUACACUCGACGUGGAAUCCCAAUGGGAGACCUAGUACUGGUUAAUGACACUACUCAUCGGCUGUUCCAGUUUCGACAGAAGGAUUUGGAAGAAAAGCGAGUGUUGUUCAUUCACAAAGGUGUGAGCACUGGCAGGUUUGUGCUCUUUGUUUCAGAUGGAAAACAUUUUAUAUCAAGCCUUUUAGACAUCAGUGCACAUGACCCUUUUCUGAAUGUUGCCAUCAACACUGGCCUACUGGUUCAGAAGGGCCAGUCAGUAACCAUUUCAACCAGUAAUUUUAGUGUCAUAUCAAAUUUGGACAUCAGAGAUGACCAGGAGGUCAUCUUCAAGUUGGAUGAGGCCCCCAAGUAUGGAGGACUUUAUCUCAAUGAAACAAAGGUGGAGUCAUUCUCACAGUCUGACUUAAAGGAUGAGCUGAUCUCCUAUCGGCACAAUGACAGCAAACAUCUGGCAGAUUAUUUCAACUUAACAGUGAAAGCUAAAGGUCUUCGACUUGCAGUGAGGAUCAAUGUGAAGGUUUACCUGGAAAGUCAUCAGAGGCCACCUAUCAUGCAGCAUCACAACACCUUACUGGUGGAAGAGGGAAAACCAGUGAAGAUUGAUGAAACUAAACUGGAGGUCACUCACGAGGACAACCUGCCAUCUGAGAUUGUAUUCACAGUCAAGGUAGCUCCGUCUCAUGGCCUUCUCCGACGUUUUGUCGAAGCGGAGGAGCACUACAUCGGAACCAAACAGUCUCCUGUCAAGACAUUUACCCAAGAGGACAUUAACAAUGGGAACAUCCAGUACAUGCAGGUGGAGCCCAGCAAAGUGAACGACACUUUCAUCCUCGAUGCCACCAAUGGGAUCACUGAUGUCAGCGACAUUAGGAUGUCUGUUGACAUCAUCCCACGCCUCAUCCCACUUCAGGUCUCAAAUUUCACACUGAACGAGGGCGCCUCCAAGGCACUGACCCAGGAUGUGCUCAAAGUCACCAACAGACACUUUUCUGGAAUUAACUUCCUGUAUAGUUUGACUGAGCCCCCACAGCAUGGUCACAUUGAGCACUCUCGACAUCCCAGUGUGCCCAUAACCUCUUUCACCAGGAGGCAGGUGGAACAUGACUUCAUCUACUAUGUCCAUGACAGCAGUGAAACCUUAGCCGACAACUUCACUGUGGUGGCCAAUGACACAGGCCUGAGGAAGCAGAGUGCAGCCCAGACGGUGUACAUCCAGGUUACAGCUGUCAACGAUGAGCCUCCUGUUAUUACAGCCAACAGGGUCCUCAGGGUUUGGGUAUCCUCAGUGACAGAGAUCAGGCCAGGGGAUCUGAGAGCACAGGACCUGGACACAGCCCCAGAGAAGCUACACUUCAUGGUGACCCCACCCAGCAAUGGAUACCUGGCCCUGAAGAGUGCUCCCAUGGAGGCAGUGCUCAACUUCACCCAGGCACACAUAGACCAGGGACAGCUACUAUUUGUUCACAAAGGUGCCAUGUCUGGAGGAUUCAACUUCCAAGUCAACGAUGGUGUGAACUUCACUCCUAGGCAGAUCUUCAGCAUCACUGCCAGAGCCUUAGUUCUCAGUUUAGAGAAAAACCGUCCACUCAAGGUGUUUCCAGGCUCUUCUAAAACUAUCACAAAUGAGGAUUUACAAGCAGUGACUAAUGACAUCAGCAACACCUCGAGCCGCAUCAUUACGUUCAGUGUGAUUCGGCAUCCUAAACUGGGGCGUCUGGUGAUGAGGCAGCCUGAUAAUUCAACAGUGGACAUCUCCACUUUCACACAAGAAAUGGUGGACAGGAAAGAGGUUGUGUACAUUCAAACCCCCAUCGAGUCAGUAGGCUGGGAAGCCAUGGACUCCAUAACCUUCUCUGUAGCAUCACCGCCUACUUCUCUGGACAGCCAGACCUUCAAAAUAGAUAUUUCUUAUGAGAAUACUGGACCUGAACACAACACAGUCCUGCUUGCAAACACAGGUGCUGAGGUAACAGAAGGUGAGAGUGUCAUCAUUGAUGAAUACAAGCUGGAUGCCAUUAACCUGAUGUCCAAGCUGCCAACACCUCAGCGGAACUCCCAUGAGGUCUGGUUCCAGGUGACAUCUCUGCCUCAGCAUGGUGUUAUAGUGGUGGGCGAGAGAAACCUCACCAAGGAGAAACCUAACUUCUCCCAGUUCAUCGUUAACAAAUACGGUAUCAUCUAUAAGCACGACAACUCAGAGACAUCUCAUGAUUCUUUUGUAUUCAGUGCAUGGCUCAAUCCUAAGGGCAAAACAGCGCAACGCCCUCAAGAUGACAAUGAUGUUGUUGAGGAGCGUUUUAACAUUACAAUCACACCUGUAAAUGAUCAGCCACCUUUGCUAAAAACCAAAGCUCCAAGUCUGAGGGUGGUACAAGGAGAUACAGUAGCCCUCAGGCCUGAGAAUCUCAAAGUUGAAGACUUAGACAAUCCUCCUGAUGAUAUUAAGUUCUCUGUGAUUAGUAAGCCAAAUAAUGGUUACCUAGCUCUUGAAGGAAGUUUGAAUGAGUCGAUAGUGGCCUUCACCCAAGCCCAAAUCAAUAACGGAAGCGUCUUUUUCAUCCAUGAUGGAAGCUCUGUCUCUGGGGUGUUCUACUUCAGUGUCACAGAUGGCCAUCAUAAACCAAUAUAUAAACUCUUUAACCUAGAAGUGACAGAAAUCACAAUUUCUUUGGUCAACUACACUGGAUUGACACUGGAGCAAGGCAAGACUUCAGUAUCGCUGACCCAGGACAACCUUGCUGCUGAGACCAAUGGGAAAAACAUCACCAUUCACUACCAGAUCACAAGGCCUCCAAACUUUGGCAAACUUCUGAAGGACAACCAAGAGGUUACACAGUUCAGACAGGAGGACCUACACUCUGGAAGGUUGUCCUACCAUAUGAUCUCCCUUUCCUCUGCCGAAGACCGUUUUGAGUACACUGCUUUCACUUCAGAGGCAAAUCUAACUGGCCAAGUGCUUAACAUAACUGUCAGACCAUUGAUCCAGGUUGGCAAAGGUUUGAGAUUUCCCAAUGGGAUUGCUGUCAAACUCAACACUAGCUUUCUUAAUGCCUCUGAACUGGCUAAUAUCAGUGGGAGUGAUCCUGUAUUUGAAAUUAUUUCCCAUCCUAAGUAUGGGAUGGUGGUUCGGACAAAACCUAAAAUGUCCAGGAAAGCUGUACCAGCUGAGUCCUUCACCUUUCAGGAGGUGAUGCAGGAGAAGGUAGCCUUGGAGCUGAAUGCCAACAUGACUGGAGUUCAAGAGCUAAAUGACUCACUGGUGUUUGUACUGAAAGCUGAUAACAUCCAACCUGCUAAAGGGGAGUUCCACUUUACAGUUGUGCCAUAUGAUCCAGCACUUUUUCCAACCACAAAGAGUCCUGUCCCAGCCACAUCAACUUUUCCUCAGACAUCAAUCCAGACUUCCAUAAAUGGAGCUGCUUCACCAGUCCUGUCUACAGCUUUCCUCUCCACUCAGCAACCAAGCAAAAACCAGCAAAAGUUCAAGGGACGCAAUCGAUGGGGAAACUCCAACAGAACUAGCAUUUUCAGUACGACUCUUGGGAAACCAACACGUGGAACAGAGGAUUUUCCCUUUAGGAACACACCAGUUCGUGUAGAGUCCUACCCUCAAAAAACCUCCAGUCCGCUCCUGGUUAUCCUACCACUGCUGGCCCUGCUGCUGCUUGUCAUCAUCUUUGUAGUGCUGGUUGUCUUUCUUCGACACCAUAGGCAAAGGAAGCAGAGCACUGCUGCAGCAAAGGAGCCACCUUCCACUGGUCUUCCAAGCAGUCAGUCCUACCAUGGUCAAAUCCAGAGGAGCACAACAGUUCCCACAGUGACCGUCACUCCAUUAAACCACACCUGCCCAGGUAGCCCUGUUCUUGAUCGGUUAUUGACACCAAAUCAGGGCUCAUCUUAUAACACCAUUGAUUCAAAUAUCCUCAUAAGUUCUUGGAGUAAUGGUUCCCCUGCAUCAUCUUCCCAAAUUAUUCAAACCGCCACUCCCACUCUGCAGAAGAAUCAGUACUGGGUAUGAUCUUCCACAAACCAACUUGUAGCUAAAUGUGUUGGAGAAUUCUGUUACAGGUUUUGAUAACAGAUUAAAAUUUGGCUGUGUAGGCCUAUUUAAAUGAGGCCGCAAUGAAUUAUUAUGAGCUUAAAGCUGCAUUAAUCAAUAUUUUUGUAUUAAUACUGAAUCAAAUUACAUAAGAAGGUAAGGUAAGGUUUUACUCUUAGCGAUAAACCCAGAAUUAUCACCGACUCUGCAGCUUUAUGGAGCUUUUUAGCCUCUUUUAGCUCGUUGUUUUGGUUUUUACGACACAUUACUAUAUGGUUCAGUUUCACCACUCUCAUGCUCAUGAGGCCCAUUUCGAGCACCAGCAGGCAGCAACCACCUAAUUGCAACCAGACAAAGUUAGCAACUACCUAAGGAAGAAAAUCAAACAUUAAGGAAGCUAAAGACCAAAAUUUCAUUUUCAAGAGUUGGUGGAGGCUAAGAGGUCACCAUAUGGCCAGAGACACUGCUCCAAUGUUUGCUAACAACUUUGGGAAUAACAGCUUUAUAAGGCUGCAAUACUGUAUGUCAAGGCUGUGUGUCUGUAAGCUUAUUUUUGAGCUCUUCUGCCCCCUAGUGCAGAUUCAUGUAGCUUUAAGGAUGGAUAAAGAAAACCACUAUGGCCAAAGCCCUUUGGCAAUACAUUAAUCAGUGCCAGGACAGCUUUGGGUUUUGUUUGAGUCACAAAAUCCAUUCAAACACUGGUUUACAAUCCAGCACCAACCACUGCUGUAUCUUGAGUUGGUGGAGCAGACUUUGUUCACUUGAGCAUUUACAAAGUGGUCAUCAUUGUGGUAAAUUAUAACCUAUGUUUGGGGCCUAAUAUAUGUUUAAUCACUCACAUUGUUAUCUGGUCCUCAUGCACGUUGAAGUCUCUCCGUUAUGGGUUAUGGUUAUGGAGUGGAAGAUGAUGCAAAUAACAGCUUGAAACUGUGAAUUACUAAGACUGACACUGGCACAAAGAUGCCUCGUCUAAGCAUUUCAAUUGAUUGUGCAGAUUUUAUAUUGUUGUUAUGUAUUAUAUAUUAUAGUAUAUUAACUUUGUGUAACUCAGGUAUUUUGUUAACAUUGUCAUUUACUUCAUGUUACCUUUAAUGAGGGUUGCACGUAUUAUCAAUAAUUGAGGUCUUUGUUUAACAUUACAGGAUUGAAUAUUAUAAAAUUUACUGUUUUGUCACAAAUGCUUCGCUGGCUGGUUUUGUACCGCUAUUUAAACUUUUUGUAUAGCCCUGAUAAGAUCACACUGGUUAAAAUGUUCGCUUUUCAUUUUUUCAUGUUUUUUAUUUUAAUAUGCACAGUAUUUAUAUUUUUUUCAAAAAGCGUGCACGAAAAAUCAAGGCACUAAUCUUAAAGAUUACACAAAUCUACAUUGUAUUCUACCCACCUUCACCUCAGUGAUAGUAAAAUUCAAAUAGUAGGUAUAUUCUGUAAUCUAUUCACAGGUUCCCAUACAGUUGAAUAGAAAAGGGUCCACCUUCUUGUAAGGAGACUGAGCAGCUAACCCUAAAAUCCAUUAGUCUGGGACUGGGAAUGACCUUCUGGGGUGAGGCAUUAAAUAUCUGUCGAUGGAACUUGUUUAUUUGAGCAGCAAUUUUUAGCACAAGGAGUUGAUCUUUAAAAAUACUGAUAGGUCUUUUGUAGACAAAUUACAAGAAACAGAAUUUAUUUGACUGAAAUGAGUGUUGGUAUUUCUAUUUAUUAUUUAACACUGAUAAGCCUGAUUAACUUGUGUCCUCAGAUUCUUUACAUUAUCUACUGUGGGCCAUGGUUAUUUGACACUGUAAUGAUGUAUCUACUGUAAAUGAAAGGUACUGUUCUGACAUGUUCUGGCAAGCUAUGGGAGAUGAGAAAUUGCUGUCACAGAAAAACACUGUAAACUUAUAUGUUAUGAAAUCAUUUUGUACUAAUGAGAAAUGUGUCUAUCCAGUGUUUUCCAGUCUCAUCUGAAUGAUGUAACCCAAAAUGUCAUAUUUAUUUAUACCAUAUUUUUAAUAAACCACUUGCACGGAA